AUGACGGUCACUUAUGUACCCUCAGAGAAGGCGACGCCGCGCCCGCGAUUCAGGCCGGCGGUUAUUAUGCAUGGCGGUGCGGGGAAUAUUGAACGCUCACGAAUCCCGCCAGAGUUGUACGAAAAAUACCGUGCCUCGCUCUUGAAAUACCUUCGCUCUACUCUUGCCUUGCUCAAUGGCGAGCAAGGAGAAAGCGGAGAUGGCAAUGAUGGCUCCCCAGGCUCUGCUCUUGACGCCGCAGUUCAUGCCGUUUCGCUAAUGGAAGAUGAUGAGAUAUUCAACUGCGGUAGGGGCAGUGUGUUCACAACUACUGGAACCCAUGAGAUGGAAGCAUCUGUUAUGGUCUGUUCACUGCUGCCAGAAUCACAAGGAUCCGCAGACGUGAAACGGGCGCAAGUUAAGCGUGGUGCCGGCGUGAUGAUGAUCAAAAACGUUCGACACCCAGUGCAGUUGGCUAGGGAAGUGCUACUACGAGAUGGCGAGGAUGACGCCGGAAAGCAUGGAGGAAGCAUGCAUUCCCACCUCUGCGGGCCGUACGUAGAAGCUCUCGCGAAAGAAUGGGGCCUAGAAUUCAAACCAGACGAAUGGUUCUUCACCCAAAAACGUUGGGAUGAACAUAUAAGAGGGCUCGGCAAAGGGGCGACAAUCGACCAUGAUGGCGCUCCUGAGUCUAUCCAAGAGAUCAACAAAUAUCUCAGCCAGGGAACGGUCGGUUGCGUAUGUCUAGAUCAAUGGGGGAAUAUAGCCGCUGCCACAAGCACUGGCGGCCUGACGAACAAGUUACCCGGCAGGAUUGGUGAUACACCUACUCUCGGUGCUGGAUUCUGGGCUGAGUCCUGGGAUGCGCCUGACUCUUCGUCUCGACGGGCUCUCGGAAUGUCUGGUACGGGGAACGGUGACUCGUUCGUCCGUGUGGCCGCUGCUCACUCGGCUGCCUCGUUGGUGAAACUGGGCACAAAAGUAUCACUGGCUGAUGCUGUCACUGCCAUCGCCGGACCGGGUGGAGAACUUCAACGUUCUGCGGGUCCCCGAUGGGGGAAAACAGGUGAGGGAUCAGGCGGAAUCAUUGGCAUCGAGGCUGAAGUACCGAGCAACGCGGAAGACGGUCAAAAUGAGGGCCUGCUCAAGGGGAAGGUGGUGUUUGACUUCAACGGUGGAGGUAUGAUUCGCGCUUGGACGGAGGAGGACGCCGACGGCGUGUUGAGAGAGAGAAUGAUGGUGUUUAGAGAUGAGUACUACAACUAG